GAGCAGCUGGAAUAGUUCUCCACUGCGUCCGUUUGUCCCGCCGGGGAAGGUUCGGUGACUGUGUGCCGUUGUCUUUAAAACUAAAGUCCUCUCACAACUUCUCUUCACUCCGCUCCUUCUCCUCGGGUUUCUGUCGGACUGUCCCGUCAUGCGUCUCCAGUUUGUUCUGUGCGUAACGGCCCUGCUCGCCUCCUUCUGUCUGGUGGCCGAAGCGCGCAUCGCCAAGCGCUUCGCCAUCGGCUGCCCGGAGAAAUGCGACAAGUCGCAGUGCCCAUCGAUCCCCGCCGACUGCCUGGCCGGCGACGUGCUGGACGGCUGCAACUGCUGCCCGGUGUGCGCGUCCGGCGAGGGCGAGCAGUGCGGCGGAACCGGAGACCAGGACUGCGCCGAGGGGAUGGAGUGCGUGGUGACCGACGGUGUGGAGGUUUCCGCCACCGUCAGGCGGAGAGGCAAGGCCGGCGUGUGCGUGUGCACCAACUCCGAGCCGGUGUGUGGCAGCGACGGCGUGUCGUACCGGAACAUCUGCGAGCUGAAGCGCGUCAGUAACCGGGCGAUGAAGCUGCAGCAGCCGCCGGUCAUCUUCAUCCAGAGAGGAGCCUGUGGGAAAGGUCAGCAGAACCCAGACAGUCUUCGCUACAAGUACAACUUCAUUGCCGAUGUGGUGGAGAAAAUCGCACCCGCUGUUGUUCACAUUGAACUCUUCCGCAAGAUGGGAUUUUCUAAACGGGAGGUGGCCGUCGCCAGCGGCUCCGGAUUCGUUGUGUCCGAGGACGGACUCAUCGUCACUAACGCCCACGUAGUGGCCAAUAAGCACAGAGUGAAGGUGGAGCUGAAGAGCGGAGCUACAUACGAUGCUAAGAUCAAAGACAUUGACGAGAAGGCCGACAUCGCUCUGAUCAAGAUCGACACACCGAUGAAGCUGCCGGUGCUGCUGCUUGGUCGGUCUGCAGACCUGCGUCCCGGCGAGUUCGUGGUCGCCAUCGGCAGCCCAUUCUCUCUGCAGAACACCGUCACCACGGGGAUCGUCAGCACCACCCAAAGAGGAGGCAAGGAGCUGGGCCUCCGCAACUCCGACAUGGAUUACAUCCAGACGGACGCCAUCAUCAACUACGGCAACUCAGGAGGACCAUUAGUCAAUCUGGAUGGAGAGGUGAUCGGCAUCAACACCCUGAAGGUCACAGCGGGAAUCUCCUUCGCCAUCCCAUCAGACAAGAUCCAACAGUUCCUGGCAGAGUCACAUGACAGACAGGCCAAAGGUAAAACGCCGCUGAAGAAGAAAUACAUCGGCAUCAGAAUGAUGAGUCUCACUCCAACGCUGGCGAAGGAGCUGAAGGAGAGGCAUUUAGACUUCCCUGACGUCACAUCGGGGGCGUACAUCCUUGAGGUCAUCAGCCGAACUCCAGCUGAGACCGCUGGUCUGAAGGAGAGUGAUGUCAUCAUCAGCAUCAACGGCGAGCAGAUCACCUCAGCCAGCGAUGUCAGCGCCGCCAUAAAGCGGGACGAGAAGCUGCGGACGGUGGUGAGACGAGGCAACGAGGACAUCAUCCUCACCAUCGUCCCCGAGGAGAUCGACCCUUGACCUCUCAGCUGACUGAGUCAACGCGAGUCGACCAAUCCCGAGCUGGCUCUCAUUGCUUUUCGACCAAUCAUGAACACUGAAAAAACAAGCAUCCAUCAACAGGCGUGCAUGUGUGUGCGUGCAUGUGUGUGUGUGCGUUCCUCUUCCAGGUUAAAUCGCUCUGAGAGGUCGGUUACUCUGGAAUUAAUCAUGUUAGCUUCCAUCUCAUCUCCAUUUACCUUCUUCUUCUUCACGGCUCUUAUACUCGACUAACGCUGCCUACCUACAGAGAGGUUACUGCAGGUCACCGUAGUUCACUGAGUACUGUACGUCCUGGAUGGCAUAUUUUUAUUAAUAUUUUUGCCUCUGUGUUUGAUGACAAUGUUUUAAAAAAAGGAAAUAAAAUUAUUUUUAAAAACUUUG